AUGUCAGAGGAGGCGGCGAGGAGCAGGGUCCUGGUGGUCGGCGCCACCGGCCGCCUCGGGGGAAGCCUCGUGCGCGCGAGCCUCGCCGCCGGCCACCCCACCUUCGCGCUCAUUCGCCCGCACCACUUCGCCCUCCCCGACUCCGCCCCCCUCAAGCCGCUCGCCGCGGCCGGCGCCACCAUCCUCAAGGGGUCGCUGGACGAUUACCCGAGCUUGCUGGAGGCCGUGCGGCAGGUGGACGUGGUCAUCUGCGCGGUGCCCACGAAGCAUGCGCUCGAGCAGAAGCCUCUGAUUCGGGCUAUAAAGGAAGCUGGGUGCGUGAAGAGAUUUAUUCCGGCGGAGUUUGGAGUUGAUCACACAAAGGUGCAGAUUUGUGACAUGGACCAUGGCUUCUAUGAGAAGAAAGCUGAAAUCCGCCGUUUAAUAGAGAGCGAGGAUAUUCCUCACACGUACAUCUAUUGCAACUUCCUGAUGCGCUAUUUGCUUCCUUCGCUAGUGCAGCCGGGUCUAGAUGCCCCUCCAAGAGAUGAAGUUACGAUAUUUGGUGGAGGAGAUACUAAAGGUAUCUUCGUUGAAGAGGGUGAUGUGGCUAAAUUUACAGUGUGUACCAUAGAGGACCCCAGAACAUUAAACAUGACAUUGUAUUUGAGACCUCCGGGAAAUAUCUACUCACUGAAUGAAUUGGUUAGCCUCUGGGAGACAAAAAUCAACAAAUGCCUAAAGAAGAUACAUAUAACUGAAGAGCAACUCCUUAAAAACAUUCAGAGUAAGCUAACAGUACUCUUGGUGAAAGGUUUCCAUGAUAUAUUAGUAGAAUUAUUUCUGUUGCUUUUGUAUGUCCGCUGCUGUCAGGGUUAUUCCUUUCAAAUACCAGGUUUAAUCAAAUCCAACUUUGAGAAAGGUUCUGAUGCUCUUUUCUGGUACAGCUGUCUGUAA